AUGUCAGAUGAAUCGUCAGAUCCAGACUUAGCAGAAGAGCGGUAUGAUCCAGAGGACAAUUUAAAUGCUUACGGCUCACCUGUUUUCCGACCUCCAGAUGAUAUUAAUAUUAAUGAGAUUGUCGAGCAAUCAGUUAUUGGCAUUGUUCAUCCCACAGACUCGCUGUGGGUCUUUUCAGAGAACCCGAAAAGAUCUUUCUUCAUAAGCCAACCGUUAAAUGUGUCCGUCCGUAACCUUAUUCGCGUUGUUUGUAUCCCAUAA